GUAAAAACUUAUCUUGUUAAUUUAAUUAUCUACGCAGUAUAUGUUGUAUCACUAUAAAUUGCUUAAUCUAUUUGUAUAUCUUGUAUUGACGUUAUUUGCAAUGUCUGCUGCUGAAGUGCCCUUAAAAUUUCACUUUGUGACCUAUAAUGUCGGUACAGGCUCACCAGAGCAAGAUUUACACAAAUUACUACAAGUAUCUAAAAAUUCAAAAGAUGAUGAAAAUAAAUUUGAUUUUUAUGUUAUUGGUUUGCAGGAAGUCAAAGCUCAAAUUCAGAAUAUUGUAAUGGAUGCUAUUUUUGAAGAUCCUUGGACAAAUGCUAUUAAAAGUAUUCUAGAAAUAAGGGAUUUUGUCAAAGUUAAAACAAUUCGAUUGCAAGGACUUGUUUUGAAUAUAUUUUGCUUAAGAAAACAUUUGCUGAGUUUACGCUACAUUGAAACACAAUAUACAAGAACUGGUCUUGGUGGUAUGUGGGGCAACAAAGGUGCUGUGAGUAUACGUUUUUCUUAUCAUGGAUCAUCAAUGUGUUUUGUGAAUGCCCAUUUAACAGCUCAUGAUCAUAUGCAAUCCGAUCGCAUAGAUGAUUAUCAUGACAUAAUAAAAGAAAACAAGUUUAGUCCUAAACUUGUUGAAAGCAUUUUAGAUCAUGAUUAUGUCUUCUGGAUUGGUGAUCUUAAUUUUCGGUUAAUGGAUGAAGAUUCUACUUCUGCUGAAUAUAUUGCUGAUGAAGUAUCAAAGAAUCAUUUAAGUAAAUUAUAUGAGAUGGAUCAGUUGAAUAAUGCAAGAAUAAAAGGUGAAGCAUUUAAGGAAUUUACAGAACAAACACCAAACUUUAAGCCAACCUUUAAAUAUGUUGUGGGUACUCAUCAUGAUUAUGAUAUGAAGCGUCGCCCAGCCUGGACAGAUAGAAUUAUGUACAAAGUGAAAAAUCACACAUCUGAAAAUAAAAAGUUAAAGUUUGAGCAAUUAUCAUACAGAAGUCAUGAAGGUUAUACCAUUAGUGACCACAAACCGGUUUCAAGUAACUUUCUAAUACCUAUCACGCCCCAUUCAAAGUGGUACACCAGAUGUAACAAAAAAGUUUAUGAAGAUAAUAACUUCUGUAAUAUGGAUGGUGAUCAGGUAUCCGAGCUAAAGGAAGAAGCACAAGUUAAGUUUGCUUCAAUAGCACUGUGGAAGUUAGACAAAGAGAAUAAAGUGGAGUACACUAUUAAUCCUGGUGUCGAGAUUUCAUUUGAAGACUGGAUUGGUGUUUAUAAGGAUGAGUUUAACAGCCUUGACGAAUAUAAGGAAUAUAUGUAUGUUAGAAAUGGAAAUAUUGUGGAUACUGCAAAUGGACAUAGUUCAUCUAAUAGUGAAAUAACUGCACCAAAGUGCUGCAACAUAUUGUUUCCUGACACCAGUUUACAUUCAGCAGGAAUGUACCGGCUGAUAUAUUUUGGAGUCCAAGAUGGUUCUACGAGCAUUUUGGGAAUGUCUGAAGCAUUUCCAGCUAGAAAGGAAGACUAAUUUUUUAACUAGUUCUAAAUAGAACUAAUUACAUGCUUUUGUGGUAACAUGUUUUUAUUCUACAUCAGUACCUUUACUUAAUGGCUUACUUAUAGGUAACAAAAAU